GAAUUGAGGUUCCCCGCUGUAACGAUAUGUAAUAAGAAUACGUUAAAAAAGAGCAAAAUACAAGGGAAGGACGGACAGCUCUGGCUAGAUGGACAAAACUUUAAGCUCAAGAAAGACUGGCCAAAAAUCCACAGCCAAAUAAACGCUUCGUUCGACAUUGAGAAGGAAGUGCUUGCAAAUGGUCAUCGUGUAACAGAUGUCAUCAAGGAAAUGAAGUUUUCUGCAGAUUGUCUCAAAUUUACCAACACCACCAAGAGCUUUUUUGACUUGAGAUUAGGGCUCUGCCACACGAUUAAUGUCAAGGCUAAAGUACGCAAGCUUGGGGAGGUUUUUGGACUGGCACUGCUGUUAGACACCGAGUCUCACGAAUAUUAUGGACCACACAGUUGGGAUGGCACUGGGUUCAAACUCAUGGUCCAUGACCCUCGUAUUUUCCCUGUGAUGGAUUUGUAUGGUAUUGAUAUCCCUACUGGAUUCAUAACCAAUCUCAGAAUUCGAAAAAAGAAGAAAAUCCAUUUAGCAGAGCCUUAUCCAGCCAGGUGCGGCACAAAGAAGCUUAAAAGCUCAAAUGUGUACUCUGAAACCAGAUGUUUGAUGGAACAAUAUGCUAAUGAAAUAGAAACGAAAUGUGGAUGUCGUUUAAUUGGAUCACCUGUUAUCAGCAACUUCAAUUCCGCUGACAAUGCAUGCCCAACAAACUGUACCAAUGUGAUUUACGACGUGCAAAGCUCUUCAAUAGUCUAUCCUUCAAAAUCAGCAUUGGACGAAUUCACUCAAAACGGGACUGAUUUGUGUACUGGAAAAUAUGAUUUUGAAAACGAGUUCAAGUUCAAGAGUAAUAAUAACGAGUCCUACUUGGAGUGGUUUAGAGGUAGAUAUGCUCGUGUGACUAUCUUCUUUGCUACAACGGACGUUGAAAUAAUACAAGAAAUGCCUGCAUUUGAUGACCUGGAUCUUGCUGGAAAUGUUGGUGGUAACAUGGGUCUUUACUUGGGAUGUAGUAUUUUGACACUGGUCGAGUUCGUUGAUUUGCUUGUACUGGUCACCUUCCAAUGGUUCAAGAAAAAACGACACAGGGUGACCAAGGUGUCCGAAGUGAAGCGAAUUGAAGCUUCAGACAAACCAGAGACGACUUAGUGUCACUCUCAUCUCAUUGUCUUUCAUUGUACGCCGGUCAGCAGUAAACAUCUUGUGUGAUUUGAACUUAAAAGUCACAUGGCUAUAUCCCUUUUUGGGUCAAGCAAUCUCAUUUCUGAUACCAAGAAGAGUUUUUAGUCCAGACUUCUCCAGUGUCUCUGCAAAGAAGUGCUGUCUUGAUUAAGACAUGAUUUUGUUCUUUUUUUCACUAGCAGAUGGAUCAUCUACUUGAUUUUCAAAAUCUUUCAUGCUAUACGUACGUUGUAUUUAUUAUUAUUAUUAUUAUUUAAACAGUACUAGUAUCGGACGACAUACAUGCACAAUCCUUGAACAAAUACCAAACAUUUGAGUGCAGAGUAUAUAUUUUCACGCUCUCAGACGAGGCUCAUCCGCCAAAGAAAACUUUCAAAUAUUCUCCUUCAAUGGGUUCAUAGCCCAUUCUUUACAAGUGGAAAUCGAAGUGGUGGGGAUAUUAAUGGUCUUCUUUAAUUAAAAAGUCAAUAAAAAAAUCU